GUGGUCAGCAUUUGCAUUCCAUUAAGUCACGUUAAGUAACAUUUUGUUGCAAUUCAAGUAUUUGAGCCAGUCGUCAAGUCACGUAAAUCGGAGUAUAUUGAAACCAUCUGGAGUGUACACGGCGAUUUAGGGAAACAUAUAUUUAGGGAGAAUCGAUUGCUCUUAGGUCCAAAUCAAGAUGUUCUACACAUGUGGACCCAAUGAAGCCAUGGUGGUGUCUGGCUUUGGUCGUUCCCCUCCUCUAAUGAUUGCUGGAGGUAGAGUGUUUGUCCUCCCCUGUAUUCAACAGAUCCAGAGGAUCACUCUGAACACCCUGACUCUGAAUGUGAAGAGUGAUAAGGUGUACACACGUCAUGGAGUGCCCAUCUCUGUCACUGGCAUCGCCCAAGUGAAGAUCCAGGGUCAGAACAAGGAGAUGCUGGCCACGGCCUGUCAGAUGUUCAUGGGGAAGUCUGAGGCUGAGGUCUCCAACAUCGCCCUGGAAACACUGGAGGGGCACCAGAGGGCCAUCAUCGCUCAUCUGACUGUUGAGGAGAUCUACCAGGACCGUAAGAAGUUUUCUGAGCAAGUGUUCAAGGUGGCCUCCUCUGACCUGGUCAACAUGGGCAUCGGCGUGGUCAGCUACACGCUCAAAGACGUUCACGACGACCAGGACUACCUUACCUCCCUGGGUAAAGCUAGGACAGCUCAGGUGCAGAAGGAUGCCAGGAUCGGAGAGGCUCAGUACAAACGAGACGCGGUGAUCCGUGAGGCCCAGGCCAUGCAGGAGAAGGUGUCGGCCCAGUAUCUGAAUGAGAUCGAGAUGGCCAAAGCCCAGAGAGACUACGAGCUGAAGAAGGCCUCCUACGACUAUGAGGUCAACACCAAGAAGGCAGAGUCUGAGAUGGCCUAUCAGCUGCAGGUGGCGAAGACGAAGCAGCAGAUUGAGGAGGAGACGAUGCAGGUGAAGGUGGUGGAGAGGUCUCAGCAGAUCAUGCUGCAGGAGCAGGAGAUCACCCGCAAGGAGAUGGAGCUGGAGGCCACGGUGAAGAAGCCUGCUGAGGCAGAGAGAUACCGUCUGGAGAGACUGGCUGAGGCAGAACGUGCACAGCUCAUCAUGGAGGCUGAGGCAGAAGCAGAGUCCAUCAGAAUGAGGGGCGAUGCUGAGGCGUUUGCUCUGGAGGCUAAAGGUCGUGCCGAGGCAGAGCAGAUGGCUAAGAAGGCUGAGGCCUUUAAACAGUACGGGGAGGGGGCCAUGGUGGACAUGCUGCUGGAGAAACUACCACUGAUAGCAGAGGAGAUCAGCAGGCCCCUCUCCAUGGCCCAGAAGGUUACCAUGGUUUCCAGCGGCGGGGGUGAGGUGGGCGCGGCCAAGCUGACCGGAGAGGUUCUGGACAUAAUGACCAGACUACCAGCUGCCGUGGAGAAACUCACUGGAAUCAACAUCUCACAGGUUGGGCUGUCUACCCGAAUGGGCUGAGAAUGGAGCCUAGUUAUUGAGACAGUCUGCACCAUCAGACCAGGAACUCCAUACUGCCUCCUUGUGCCUAUAAUUAUUAUUAUUAUUAUUACCUAGUGUAGUUUGUCUGCAUGCCUGUCUCCUUAGAGCAUGUCUGUCUGCAUGCCUGUCUCCUUAGGGCAUGCCUGUCUCCUUAGGACAUGCCUGUCUCCUUAGGGCAUGCCUGUCUCCUUAGGGCAUGCCUGUCUCCUUAGGGCAUGUCUGUCUCCUUAGGGCAUGUCUGUCUCCUUAGGGCAUGUCUGUCUGCAUGCCUGUCUCCUUAGCGCAUGUCUGUCUCCUGCAUGUCUGUCUGCAUGUCUGUCUCCUUAGGGCAUGUCUGUCUGCAUGUCUGUCUCCUUAGGGCAUGUCUGUCUCCUUAGGGCAUGUCUGUCUCCUUAGGGCACGUCUGUCUGCAUGCCUGUCUCCUUAGGGCAUGCCUGUCUGCAUGCCUGUCUCCUUAGGGCAUGCCUGUCUGCAUGCCUGUCUCCUUAGGGCAUGCCUGUCUGCAUGCCUGUCUCCUUAGGGCAUGCCUGUCUGCAUGCCUGUCUCCUUAGGGCAUGCCUGUCUCCUUAUUCGACCUCCCCUCUUGCUUCCUGGUCCUUUUUGGCACUGAUCUGAAAACAGAGGAUGGUUCCAAGCUGUAUGUUGUAAGCCUACUGGGGGAGUGUGUCUCCUGGUCAUUCAUAACUGUUAGUUCAGCUUGGAUGAAGGAAAGAAAAGCACUUUGGACUAGCAUGACACAGCCUUCGUCGUUCUGGUAGUAACUCCGCCUCCUCCACCAUUCUGUACUCUUUCUUCUGUCCGCUAUUCAGUGUGUUUUAAUCACUGCUUCAAGCCUGCCUCUGUCUCCCUCUAUUACAGGUUUGGGACAAUAUAAACUGUUCAACUGUCACAUAGUUGCAAUUCAUAGAAUGUUAUUUCAUUGGGAUGUGGUUGUGUUUGAGAAAUGAUGUAGGAAAUAAUCGUGUCAGUAUGAGGUCAUCCAUGUCAUUGUUGGGUUUGUCAGCUGAUUGUUUUGUCAACAUUUGCAGUUCUAGAAGGUUCUCAGCAUCGGAAGCUUGCUUAGUUGCUAUCAAUUGCUUUGCAAAUGAAGAAAUGCUGUUUACUUUCACUGGGAAGACAUGAAGAUAUGUCCACAAUCAGAAUUUAGAUAAUGGUAGUCAUGUUAUUUAUACAUGACUUCUGCAUGCCUUACAGCAUUCCAGUACCUCUGUCUACCACCUUAUGGACAAAGUAGUUUUCCACUAUGUACUCCACUGACUACUCAUAUCUCUAAGAUGACACUCUAGAAUGGCCAGUGCCUUGUUUUAGAGUCUAAUUAAUCAUAUCAGUACAAGCCAUAUUACAAUAGAAGCCAAGUUACAUGCAGAUUAUGCUGUUUUUUGUAAGUCUGUGUUUUACAAUUUGUGGGCUUUUUGCCAUGACUCUGCCAUUUGUGGGGGAUGAGAUCACAAACUAUAUGAUGGGUUGGUACUAAACCUCUAUGUGUUGGUACAAUACUGGCAUAGACACAAUCAGUGGAGUACCGACUCUGAUGGUACCUAAUCUAAUUACCAAAGCAAUACACAAGGAACUACAGAUUCUGUUACUAUACUGUUGUUUAUCCAACAGAAAGAUUGUCAUGUACACCAUUAUGGCUUAGUUCCAGUGUGUUUCUAAACCCUAGACUUAUUAGACAGACAGGCCUUCGAUCAGAGCUUCUACUGUGCUAUAACUGUAUAAAGGUGGAGAUUUUCUGUGAAGUGAUUGGAAGGAAGAGGGAGGGAGCAGACUGGGGUUUUCCUGCUGAAGGCUAACCUCCGAGGUCUCGAUCUAGGUCAGGUGUACUGUCAGUCACGUGGUGUCUGGUGGAUGUGUUGUUUGAGGUGAAGGUAUGUGUGUAGAAGAGGGGAAUGGGUGCCAGUCUGUUUCUGCUCUCUUUUCAAAUCCUUAUAGAAUUGCCAUGCCAAACAUGUUUCCCUUGACAAUGACAAUGGAACAGGCAAAAACACAAACAGACCUGGGACCAGGCUACAGACACUAAAGUAGUGGACUUCAAUUAAGUUGUAUGGUCCAGUGGGGUAUACAGGGACCUUCUAUAGAUUGGAGUAGACAAUAUACAUUUUAAUUAGGAGCUAUCCUUUCAUAUUGUAAUAUUAUCAUUAGAAUGGUGUAUUUUUGUUGUGCUGGUCACAUCCCUGUUUGAUCCUUUUGUAGGACAGGGUUGUUGUUAGGGACUUGUUCUAUACCAUAGAAAUAGAAUCCUUCUAAUUCUAUACCGCUGCUCAGGAUUCUAGAAGCUACUUCUCUCUACCGGAUUGAAUACUACCCCAAAGCUUACAUGCGAUCUGGCUGUCUAUGCAUUUUGUUACCAAGUGCCUGACUAAGUUGAAAGAUUCCCCAUUUUUCUCUCAACCUAAAGGCUAAACUAUCACACCAGGUUAAACAUGAACAAUCUAGAGGCAUGCUAUGUCCUAAAGAUAUUAAUGAAAGCCAAUUUCGUCAAACCAAUUCUACUGCUUUCACUUAUGCACACACCUGUAGAUUACAUCAGUCAAUGAUUUGUGACUUCUAACCUUUUUCUGUACUGUAGCUGCACUUAGUUAAAUGUGAUUUCUGUGUUUAUUUCCAUCUAUACUUUGUUGACUUGCCAAAAUAAUCCUGGCCUCCCGUGUAGUGUAAAUUUAGUAUGCAAGUGCACUAAGUUAUGAAUAUUAUAACUAUUUGGAAUGAAAUGAUUGUAACAACAUAUAAACACUCUGAUUUCCUAACGUAGA